AUGGAGUCGUGGAAAGGAAAAAUUGUGCUUAUCACUGGUGCCGCAAGCGGUAUCGGCGAAGGAGUGGUCCGGCUUAUAUUGGAGCGAGGUGUCAAGCAUGUUGCUAUUUUGGAUGUUGCCGAGGAUUCCGGAAGAGCUCUCGAGAAUGAGCUCAAUACAAAAUACGGUCCCAACAGUGUGAAGUUCUACAAAUGUGACGUAACUGACGAAGAACUUUUUCUGGAAUUAUUCGAUACUGUCAAAAACGAACAAGGCUAUCUUGAUGUGGUCAUCAACAAUGCCGCGAUCAUGAACGACAGCUACAAAUCUUACAAAAAACAAAUCGAUAUAAAUGUGACUGCUUUAGUUACUGGUACACUGAAAGCUAUAGAGAUUAUGGGAAAGCAGAAUGGCGGUAAAGGAGGUACUGUUCUAAAUAUAUCUUCAGUGGCAGCGUUAUGUCAAUCUCAUCUGUUCCCGAUUUAUUUCGGGACCAAGAGUGCGGUGCUGCAGUUCAGCAACUGUAUUGGGUUAGAAGAACAUUACGCUAAAAGCGGCGUCCGAGUACUGAGUAUUUGCUUUGGCGCAACUGAUACUCCACUAUUGAGCGGAACUAAACUAGGCAGCUUUGAUGAAGAAAUAGACGGCACUUGUGUUGAGGCCAUCCAAAACAAUUAUCCUAUUCAAAAGAUGGAAUCUGCAGCCAAAGGUCUGGUCGAGGCCUAUGAGCACACUAAAAGUGGCGACACUUGGAUCAUCACAACAAACAAACCGGCGAAGAACAUCACUGAUACAGUUAAAAAGGCUUAUGAACUUUUAUCGUAUCACCCUCUUGCAUUGAAUACAUUAAAAAUAAUCAUGACAUAUGACUGGAAAGAUAAAGUUGUUCUGAUUACUGGAGGGGGCAAUGGGAUCGGAUCUCAUGUAGUCAGGAUUGCACUCGAGGAAGGGGCAAAGGAAAUUAAUAUAUUGGACAUCAACGAAGCAAACGCGAAAUCGCUUCAAGACGAACUGAACGCCAAACACGGAGUUGGAAAAGUGAAAUUCAUUAAAUGCGAUGUUGCUAAUCACGAAAGCCUAGUGGCAGCCUUCGAAGCUAUUUUAUCGGACAAAAACAACGAAUAUGUUGUCCUCAACAACGCUGCUAUACUAAAUGAUAGCUUGAAGACGUACAGAAAACAAAUCGAUAUUAAUGUGGCCGCUGUGAUCACUGGCUCAUUAAAAGCCCUUGAUUUGAUGAGGAAAGACAAAGGGGGCAAAGGUGGCGCUAUAAUCAAUAUGUCUUCAAUUGCAGCUCUUUGCCCAUUACCUUUUACACCCAUUUACAAUGCCACUAAGAGUGCCGUGAUGCAGUUUAGUGUAUGUUUGGGCGCUGACGAUUACUACUCGAGGACUGGAGUUCGUGUAUUAACUAUGUGUUUCGGUGCGACAGAUACUAGUCUUAUUGCGAUUGAGAACAUGGGAAGUUUCGAUGAAGUUAUAGAAACCAAACUCGGUGAACCUUUAAAGUUAUAUCCCGGACAAAAUUUCGAUGAAGCUGUAGAAACCAGACUCGGUGAACCUUUAAAGUUAUAUCCCGAACAAAAUAAGGCAGACGAUUACUACUCGAGGACUGGAGUUCGUGUAUUAACUAUGUGUUUCGGUGCGACAGAUACUAGUCUUAUUGCGAUUGAGAACAUGGGAAGUUUCGAUGAAGUUAUAGAAACCAAACUCGGUGAACCUUUAAAGUUAUAUCCCGGACAAAAGAUUGAAUCCGCCGCUAGGGCAGUUAUAGAUGCUUAUAAACAAGGAUCUAGUGGCAGUAUUUGGCUGGCCAAUGCUAACAAGGCAGCUGAAGACAUCACGCACGUACAUACUGAGGCGUACAAACUCUUGACCGCAACAGUAUUAAAGAGUGCGCAUUCUGUGUGCUUUGGGGUCACGAAAACUGGCAUUUACAAUAACCUGAGAAGUUUUGAUGAAAACAUUAACAAAGAUAUGCAACAGAUUAUAGAUUUAUAUCCCAUGCAGUCAAAAGAGUCAGCAGCCAAAGGUGCGAUAGAAGCAAUCAAGAAAGGUGAAAGCGGUAGCACCUGGCUCGUAGCUAAAGAUAGCCCAGCGGUCGAUGUCACAUCAAAUGUAAACGAAGCCUAUAAGAUAUUGUCAGAGCGUUUAGUUUAGGUAUUUUGAAAAACUUUACAAUACUUAAC